UGUAAUUGGGUUCACAAGCAAGUCUUCCACAUUCCCAAUCACAAGAAAUCUCCUUUGACAACCCUUUAAGGAAAAAUAUCAUACCAUGGGGUUCCGGUUGCCUAGUAUUAUUCACGCUAAGCCAAGUCUUCGACAUUCUACAUCAUCAGGAAAUGGAGCCUCUCCAAAGUAUGUAGAUGUUCCAAAAGGGUACUUUACAGUCUAUGUCGGAGAAGGACAAAAGAAGCGUUUUGUCAUCCCGCUAUCUUACUUGAACCAACCUUUGUUCCAAGAUUUGUUGAGUCAAGCUGAAGAAGAAUUUGGAUACGAUCAUCCAAUGGGUGGCAUCACAAUUCCCUGCAAUGAAGACGAUUUUGUUAAUCUUAAUCGUAGUUUUAGUGAGCCAUGAGCCAUAAGAAUAGAGUUUAGAAAUAGAUGGUACAAUGGAAGGAAUAGAAUAGAAUAGAAUACAACAUAGACUGAGAAGGGCAUAAACACUUUUGAAAUCAAACUCAUUCUUUUAGAAUAUUGUACAUUUAUGUUUAUUUUGUAACAAAAACCGUGUAAAUGAUAUCAUUUGGACAAUGUUCUU